CCGCCAUUAUCUACCAUUGUUUAUCACUUUGGUACAAGUGGGCUUUCUGUUGCCACUGCUACAGCUGUUACUCAUCCUUUAGGAGGGGUACUGUUAUUCUGUAAGCAAGUUGUCAUUUUUGUAUUGGCUAAAGGAUUAUCCACAUGGAUGGAUUUGGGAGUGGUAAGCAGCAACAUUAGGACCAAACGGAAAAGUCCAUUCUCGUCAUGAUCGAUCCACGUCCUACCAUGGUGCCCGGAGAACCGGGCUUGCUUAGCUAAGAAAGCUAGCUGCCCAAAAGCCCACUGCUAAAGCACAGAUUCCACGUUCUCAAAAAAAGAAUCUCUCGGUCUUGUUGCAAUAUCAGUCUCGCCCUUUUCAACCACUCGAGAGUCGCUGGGUUCAGUCAGGGGAAAUGGUUGUUUAUCUUGUUUUAAGGACUUAUAAUAGCUCUUAAUUGCUCUGAUUGAUGGGCUGGGUUAUCAUUGGAAUGGGGUUUUAUUUGUACUUUGAAAUAAUUAUGUGACCAUUCAGUCUGUUCGUAUACAAUAUGGAAACGUGAGACCAAGAUUCAAUCUGCCAGCACUCUGAAGUCUGAAUACAUUGAUUCAAUUCUUUCAGACGUUCUCAAAGUAAGGCUUCAAAUGCAACUUGUUGGUCAGCGAGGACCUUUAACUGGAUUGGGACACAUCUUCACCCAGAUAUUGAACAAAGAAGGAUUUAGUGCAUUGUACCUUGGAUUGACACCUGCAUUGACAAGGUCAGUUCUAUACGGGGGAUUACGUCUAGGUCUGUAUGAACCUUCAAAGUAUGUGUGUGAAGUGGCAUUUGAAUCAACAAAUUUGUUUGUAAAAAUAGUUGCUGGAGGCUUUGCUGGUUCUUUUGCAACUGCGAUGACUAAUCCUACUGAAGUUCUGAAGGUUCGCUUGCAAAUGAACUCAGGGGCGAAAGUAGGUGCUAUAAGCCUAAUGCGCAAAAUUGCUUCAGAAGAGGGUAUAUGUGCUCUGUGGAAGGGUGUUGGUCCUGCUAUGGCAAGAGCUGCUCCCUUGACUGCAUCACAGCUAGCAACAUAUGAUGAAUCUAAACGAGCUUUGACAAGAUGGACCUCUGUUGAAGAAGGAUUUUCUUUGCACCUCAUGUCAAGUACUAUAUCUGGGGUUGCAAGCACUCUGGUCACGGCACCCAUGGAUAUGAUCAAAACCCGUCUUAUGUCACAGAAUGAAUCAAGUGGCAGGAAUUAUAAGAAUGGACUACACUGUGCCUACCAGGUCAUGCGCACUGAGGGUUCUCUUGCACUUUACAAAGGAGGCUUCACAAUUUUUGCACGGUUGGGUCCACAGACAACAAUCACAUUUGUACUUUGUGAGAAACUCCGGGAAUUAUCAGGACUCCGUGCGAUUUAGUUCUGGCGAAUUUCUGGCAGCACUGUUAAAAGACAGAUAAGACAAGAUUCUUUUCCUCCAUUCAUUUUUGGUGAUCUGAAGGGGGGAGUGACAAAAACAGCGCCCCUCGGUUUUGCAUAAUCUGAUCACCAUACAUUAAUCUGAUAAUAAGUAGAUUUCUUUUGUGAAGAUUGGAAAAUAUUGUUUUGAAUUAUGACUUGGUAUACAUUUUGUUGUUAUUUCGUCAAUUUUGAUACCCAGCUUGUAAUCAAUUACUUUGGUGAGGGACAUGAAGAGCAACUGUCAUGAUGAACUGUAUUGUCCUGUUCAAGCAGGCUGUCUAACACCAAUAAAAGCAGUAGUUGCUAAUUUGUUGGGA